AGACGUUGGGUACGAUCCGUCCGUCAGUGAGUGAGUGAGUGAGUGUAGCGGGCAGGGAGGAGGGGCAGUGCCGAGCGGCGGCGAGUCGUCAGUGGGUGGCCACAAACCGAUUGCAGGACGGCGGCAGGAAUGGAAGGAGGCGGCGCGGCCUCGAUCGCCUUCCGACUGGGUCAUGGCCGUGGCCAUGGAACGAUCGACGCGGUUUAAAUCCUAACGGCCGGCCGCACGCGCGCAGCCAGCCCGCCCGCCCGCCCCGAGCGGGAGGGGGAAGGAGCGGCCCGGAGACAUCACCGGAGCGGCCCGGCGGCCGGGCGGCGGCGCAGCCGUCAGCGUGAAGGUGGAGGGGACGGACGAAGGGUUCUGGGGCCCAGCCAUGGACGAACACCCAGCAGCCGGGGUGUUCUUCGGCAACAACUCGGUGCUGAGCGGGGCUGCCGGAGGUCCGGGCCUCGGCGGCCGGAUCCUGCCGCCGCCGCCGGCGCAGCAGCAGCAGCAGCAGCAGCAGCAGCUGGGUGUGGAGAGCGAAGCGCAGCGGCCGCAGUACAACAUCCCGGGCAUUCUGCACUUCCUGCAGCACGAGUGGGCCCGCUUCGAGGUGGAGAGGACGCAGUGGGAAGUGGAUAGGGCGGAGUUACAGGCACAGAUUUCUUUCUUGCAAGGAGAGAGAAAAGGCCAGGAGAACUUGAAGAAGGAUUUAGUCAGAAGAAUUAAAAUGCUUGAAUAUGCUUUAAAGCAAGAAAGAGCUAAACACCAUAAAUUGAAAUACGGCACAGAGUUGAAUCAAGGAGAUAUGAAGCCUCCAAAUUAUGAUUCUGAUGAAGGGAAUGAAAAUGAAAUACAGACCACACAAAAUAAUCAAUUAACAUGGAAGCAAGGGAGACAGCUGCUUCGUCAAUACUUGCAGGAGGUGGGUUACACAGAUACCAUAAUAGAUGUGAAGUCAAGGCGAGCACGGGCACUACUUGGCCUCACUGGUGAUGAUCCAGACAAAUUAUCAGAAAACAAGAGUUUGGAGUCUGUUAUAAAUGGUGGUGAAACGCUAUUGAAAAGGACGGACAUGAUUGGAAAUUCCGGAGAGAAAGUUAAACCUCUUCUGACCGAUUCAGCAGAUGUGCUGGAAACGUUUAAAUUUCUUGAAAAUGCUGCAGCGGUAUUUAGCGAUGAAGAUGACGAUGAUGAGUCUGAUGGAAAAGAGCAAACCAUUAUUGAUACCUCGUUUGAUAAAGUUGCACCUUCUAAUGCAAUAGAAGAUAUGGACACUGUGGAAGCACUGAGAGAGUUUGACUUCUUAGGAACUACUGAAGAUGGGGAAGAAGCAGGGGAGUCCAGGAGUGCAGGCGAUGGAACAGAAUGGGAUUUUGAGAGGGUUGCUGAUGAAAGUUCAACACUAGCUCAAGACAAGGAAGAUGUGUGUCCCACACCAGAGAGCUGGGACGUGGACCAGGGACUAAUAACAAAACUCAAGGAGCAGUACAAAAAGGAGCGAAAGGGGAAAAAGGGGGUGAAGAGGCCGAACAGAUCAAAGUUACAAGACAUGUUGGCUACUUUAAGAGAUGUAGAUGAACUUCCUCCACUGCAGUCUUCAGUAAAUUCUCCUCCCAGACCAAUUAGCACACGACUAACUGAGCAUGAAACCGGCAGGACAGAAGAAGUUGAAGCAUUGACCUUUCCGCCAGGAUCGGGAAAAUCCUUUAUCAUGGGUACAGACGAAGCACUGGAGAACGCAUUGGGUCUUGGGGAGUUGGCCGGCCUUACAGUUGCUAAUGAAGCAGACCCGUUAAAUUAUGAUAUCGCAAACAAUAAAGAUGCAUUAAGAAAGACUUGGAAUCCUAAAUUCACGUUACGGAGUCAUUUUGAUGGGAUAAGAGGCCUUGCGUUUCACCCGGUUGAACCUGUUCUGGUAACUGCCUCAGAAGAUCACACGGUGAAGUUAUGGAAUUUACAAAAGACUACUCCAGCAAAAAAGAGUACAUCACUGGACGUAGAACCCAUAUACACGUUCAGGGCUCACAGGGGCCCAGUGUUGUGUGUUGUGAUGAGUACCAGUGGGGAGCAAUGUUUCAGUGGAGGAACUGAUGGAUUGAUCCAGUGUUGGAAUGCACCCAGUUCCAAUGUUGAUCCCUAUGAUUCAUAUGAUCCUUCGGUAUUACGGGGUGCAUUGGAAGGACAUAGUGAUGCCAUUUGGGGAUUGGUGUAUAGCGCAGCUCAUCAACGCCUACUGUCCGGUUCAGCUGAUGGUACUCUGCGGCUGUGGAACACCACUGAAAUUGCACCUUCGCUCUGUGUAAUCAAUGAAAACAAAGAAUGUGGAAUCCCUACCUCUGUUGACAUAGUCUGUAGUGAUCCUUCUCAUUUGGUGUCGUCAUUUGUAAAUGGACAGACCAGCAUAUUUGACAUGGAGACAUGCCAACGAUUCCUCACCUUUGAGUCUAGUAUUGAUGCUUCAUCUACAUGCCAAAUUAAUAAAGUCAUUAGUCAUCCUACGCUUCCUGUCACUAUAACAGCCCAUGAGGACAGAUACAUAAAAUUCUUUGACAAUAACACAGGAAAAAUUCUUCAUUCAAUGGUAGCUCAUUUAGAUGCUGUCACAAGUUUAGCUGUGGAUCCAAAUGGCUUGUAUCUGAUGUCUGGCAGUCAUGACUCUUCAAUUCGUUUGUGGAGCCUCGAGACAAAGACCUGCAUUCAGGAGUUCACUGCACAUCGUAAAAAGUUUGAUGAGUCCAUCCAUGAUGUGGCAUUCCAUCCUUCCAAAUGUUAUAUUGCUAGUGCUGGGGCAGAUGCACUGGCCAAAGUAUUUGUAUGAUAGUUUUCUGUAUACUACUUCAGACCCUCUAUUUUCGAAUGGUGUCUAUGACACUGCCAGACAUGGGGAUAACAUUUGCUGCCCAGCACUCCUGAUACUUGGAUUGCAGAGACUGCAGUUCUGAAACAGCUGUGCUUAGGUCCAAGGGAUUUGUUGUUUAUGUUUUUCCUUAAGUUAAUGUCUCUUAUCCUGGAGCUGCCCUGUUUAUCCAGGCAGGCCUGGAUAAAACUGGGUGUGAGUAUAUUUCCUGCUCUUAGAGAAUUCGGUACAUCAAGCAGUACCUGUAUGAAAGGUGAAGUCUGUUCUCUGUGCUGGGCAGCUAGCAAGGAAUGUCUAUUGAGUGGAGAGGCAAGCUGCAGUAAUUCCAGGUUAAAGGGAUCUGUAAAAGUCCAACAGUAGAGUAUUUUCGAAGACAAGAUGCCAAACAUUUGCAAAACAAUAUAAAAACCUCUUAAACAAUUGUACAAUAAAACUGAAUGUUUACAUAUGGGAAACAAUAUCUGUAGUUGAUUAUUGUUCUAGCUGCCUGACUGUAUUAGACUUGUGCCAGCAGCUGUGUGAUCCGUGAACUCAUUUCUCCUUCAAGACUGUUUAUGAAGUUUUAAGGUAAAUUUGAAUCGUCAGUAAAUUUAAUGGCAUUUGGAGUUGUGAAUAAUUAUACAUUUAAGGCAUUUCUUUAGCACUUAGAUAAACACUGACAUUUUUAACUACAGUUAUAAGAAGGUAUACUUUUUAAGCACAGUAGUAGAUUUGUGUCUUAAAUGGGACUUUAACAUCGGGUAUUUGAAUGUCUAAUCCUUUCACUAAAAAGUUCAUUUUAAUUUUAAUGACCUGGAGAACUACAUAUUGUAAACACAGCAAUGGAAUGUUUAAUAGUAUUAUUGUUGGGGUGUUUUUACUCUUGGGGUUUCUUUGUAAUUCAUAAACCUUGGCAUUAACACUUCAUUGAACUGGUAUUGGGUGAUGGUAUGAGAAUAGAAUGUAGCACAGUGCUAUUUUAAGAGAUUUUACUAAUCUGGUUUUCAAGUGACAGGCCAUCUUUUUAAUGGCACGAUUGUGAUUGCCACUGGACACGAGAGUAAGAUAAUUUUACAGCAAUGAUUCUUCAUGUUGGAGGCCAAAAAUGGCAUUAAAUCAAAGCCACUAAUUCCUUUUAAAAAAUGUUUAAAUAUUGAGCAUGUUUGACAUUGGCUGACAGUUGCAGCUGUUUGCUAUUUCAAAUAGGGAAUCCUGCUUUAAAGUUAGCUUGCUAAAAUUCCCCAUUUCUUGGUCCAGUAGCAGGUUAUUUAGGAAGGGAAAUCUAUUUUAAAAAUGAAUAUAUGGGCAGAUAAACUAUUUCAGAAAGGACCAACUUUAAUGCUGAUAGUGGUAUGUAUAUGGAAGGAGCAUCAAUGCUCGAGUGACUUUGAGAGUUGGGCACAUCUGCCACUUUUACCUGCGUUUUUGUGAAAAGUGAUCAUGUUUUGAUCAAAUUGCAUAGGAGAGGCUUCUAAGCAUCAUGGUUAUUUGAUACUUACUAAAAGAUAAUUUUCUUGUAAAAAUGCAAUUGUUAUUCUAUGAUGUAUUCAUCUCUUUUCUCAAAUGGAAAGUGAUAGAUUUUAUUGUAAUAAAAUUCUGAUAUUUCAGAAAUUGAUGCAUUUGCAAUGUAUAAAUUUAGCCAAGUCAUCUGAUUUUUAGACAUCAUGUGACAAAGAUAAUAAAAGUUUCCGAAAGGUGAUCCCAUGAAAUUCCAACAAAACAGUCUUCGUAACAAACCGUCAUCACUAUUUCAAGUAAUGGAAUUUUGAUCGAUGUUUAUCAUUAAAUGAACUCUCCUCUCAAUUAAAUCUUGGUUAUACCCACAUGCAUUCGAUCAAAAUAAAGGACUGAAGAGGUUUUUCAGCCAGAUUCCACAGGUUCUUCAUUCUAACUCUCCUUUGGACACAUGUUUUUGUUUUGGUUGGCCUUUAAAAUGUAAUUUUCCAUUCCUUUCUCAUGUAAACAAAUAUGUCUACCUAUGUCAUCAGUUCUCUGAUGAAACUGACUGUCCAUAAAGAGUUUUUAUCUUGUUCAUGGUGAGGGUGGCAGUUGUAUGAUUUCCCCCUCCCCGCCCACCCCACACCCACACCAGCUCCAUGUACAUUUAUAUGCUGACGUGUUCUUGGGUCUAAUUCUUCAGCUAUCGGGAAAGCGCUGUCUAACUCUGGGGAAAGACUACUCAGCUAGAAAUAUUUUCCACUACAAGGUGUUUAUCAUGAAUAAACUGUCAACCUCUGCAAUAUUGUCAUCCUGUCCAUAAUAAAGCUAUUUUAUCGUUUGGCA